AUGGAAACAACAUUAAAACCUUAUUCUGAACAUGCCCUGGUCUACCUGUUCUACCUGUUCUACCUGAUCUACCUGUUCUACCUGUUCUACCUGUUCUACUACCUGUUCUACCUGUUCUACUACCUGUUCUACUACCUGUUCUACUACCUGUUCUACCUAUUUUACCUGAUCUGCCUGUACUACUACCUAUUCUACCUGAUCUACCUGUUCUACUACCUGUUCUACCUGAUCUACCUGUUCUACCUGAUCUACCUGUUCUACCUGUUCUACCUGAUCUGCCUGUACUACUACCUGUUCUACCUGUUCUACCUGUUCUACCUAUUCUACCUGAUCUACCUGUUCUACUACCUGUUCUACCUGUUCUACGUGUUCUACCUGUUUCACCUGGUCUACCUGAUCUACCUGUUCUACGUGUUCUACCUGUUUCACCUGGUCUACCUGAUCUACCUGUUCUACGUGGUCUACGUGGUCUACCUGUUCUACCUGUUCUACGUGGUCUACCUAUUCUACCUGUUCUACUACCUGUUCUACCUGUUCUACAUGUUCUACCUGUUCUACCUGUUCUACGUCGUCUCUGUCUUCACUCAUGGUUCCAAUCAGGAAGAAUUCACUCUGACAUCAGUACAUGUACUUAAGUUUAUCAGGUACAAGUAUCUCCUGUGUACAAGCAAGUGGACAGGUAGACAGUUGGACAGGGGGACAGGUAGACAGGUGGACAUGUAG